AUGCGCGGCGCGAACGACAGCGGUGGCGUGCUGACACACGAGAGGCCGCCGCUGCCGCCGCAGGGGCAUUCGUGGCGGCCGCAGACGCAGCUGCACCACCACCCGCGGGGGCGGAGGGCGCACCGGUCGGGGGCGCUGGAGUGGGCGGCGGCGGUGGUGUUCACGGUGCUGGCGGUGGUGGUGCUGGUGGCCGCGGUGUCCGUGCUGGUCGUCGUGCUGCUGCUGCAGCCACGGGCGCCCUACCUGGCCAUCCGGUCGGCGCGGCUCGACGACCUCGUCUACGACCAGCAGGGGACGCUGGAGGCGGCGCUCUCCCUCGGCGUCGACGCCGAGAACGGCAACGCGCGGUCGGAGGCGGCCUUCACGGCGCUGGAGCUCCGCGUCAGCUUCCACCGCGUGGUGAUCGCCAUCCUCCGCGCCGACCCGUUCGCCGUGCCGCGCAAGGGCUCGCUGCCGCUGGGCUACGUGGUGCGCUCCUCGGGGAUACCCCUGGACAGCUCCGGCAUGGCCGCCAUGGAGACCGCGCUUGCCGACGGCGUGGUGCCCUUCUCCGUCGCCGGCCAGGCGAGCACGCGGUGGAAGGUCGGCGGCCUCAUCCCCUUCAAGUACUGGACGCGCCUCCGCUGUGACCUCCGCUUCUUCUGGCCCAACGGCACCGCCGUCGACCUCAGCUGCAGCUCCAAGCCCAAGUCCAAAUCCAUCACCUAG